ACGCGGAGGGAUCGGCAGUAACACAGCGACGUGCCCCGGAAGCGUUGCGUUGUUUGUGUGUUCAGAAACAAAUUGAACCGGUACUUUGGUCGUCAUGGCGUUUUAACCGCAGUUAGAUAGACAACAGGGACAUUAUUCCACCUCAAAGAGCGUCAACAUGCCGAAGGUCGUGUCCAGAAGCGUCGUGUGCUCGGACACCAGAGACCGGGAGGAGUACGACGACGGAGAAAAGCCCCUCCACGUCUACUACUGCCUCUGCGGACAGAUGGUUCUGGUGCUGGACUGCCAGCUGGAGAAGCUUCCCAUGAGGCCCCGGGACCGAGCCAGGGUGAUCGACGCCGCCAAACACGCACACAAGUUCUGCAACGUGGAGGCGGACGAGAACGCGUACCUGAAGAGAGCCGAGGGCAUCGAGAGGCAGCACCGCAAGAAGUGCGGCAAGUGCGGCCUGCUGCUCUUCUACCAGCACCAGGAGAAGAACAACCCGGCCACCUUCAUCGUGGACGGGGCCGUGGUGAAGUUCGGCCAGGGCUUCGGCAACACCAGCGUGUACAGCCAGAAGCAGCCGGAGGCGCCCAAGAAGGUCCGAGUGAUGAUGACCAAGCGCACCAAGGACAUGGGCAAGUUCAGCUCCGUCACCGUGUCCACCAUCGAUGAGGAAGAGGAGGAGAUCGAGGCCAGGGAGGUGGCGGACUCGUACGCGCAGAACGCCAAGGUGAUCGAGAAGCAGCUGGAGAGGAAGGGCAUGAGCAAGAGGAGGCUGCAGGAGCUGGCCGAGCUGGAGGCCAAGAAGGCGAAGAUGAAGGGCACCCUGAUUGAUAAUCAGUUCAAGUAGUAUAGGUGGGGAUCGAUGAAGAGGAGGGUGUAUGGACUGGUACAGGACUGGUGAUCUCUCGUGUUCUUGGUUCUUUUUUUUUAAUUUUGUUUAAAAUGUUAUUUUGUACAAAAUAAAUAAAAUAAAAGACCAAAUGGGUUUUUUUUAAAAAAGCAUUUGUUCUUGGUGUAAUCUUCACUGUGGAGGUCAAUAAUGGGGAAUUCAUUUAAAGUAUUAAAAGGUCCAGUGUGAAACAUUGAGGAGGAUCUAUUGGUAGAAUAUAAUAUUCAUAGGUAUGUUUUCAUCCGUGUUUAAUCACCUGAAUAUAAGAAUCAUUGUGUUUUCGUUACGUUAGAAUGAGCUGGUUUUGAUUUAUAGAUGCCGUGGGUCGACAAAACUAAACUUGAGUGCCUCUAAAUCUAAAUCUAAUCCUCCCCACUGGUCCUUUUUUAAAGGUUAUUCAGAUAGUUAAAUCAUAGUUGUGUGUGUUGUGUUAACAUUAGAGCUCUCUCUUACCCUCAGGUGUGCCUAAACUACAGGUAAACAACUUUAAAGUACAACAGCGUGAAUUCGUCGGUUAUCUUAUUGCUAUCAGCCAUGAGGGAACAGGUAACGGCUGGUUUUCUGUAUCUGAUAAUUAAUCAUUUAGGUCAUUUAUCAAGAAAAAAUCGCAACACUUUCUCUGGCCGCAUGCUCAAAUGUGAAGAUCUGCAGCUCUUCUCUGUUUUAUAUGUUUCUAAAUAGAAUAUUUUUGGGACCGUUUGUAAGAUAAAUUAUUGCAAAACAUCGCCCUGUAGCCCCCCGGGAACCUGUGAUGAACAUUUUUAACAGUUUCUGACAUGUUAAAGACAAAACGAUUCAUCGAUUAAUGUAAUUAAUCAAUAGUGUAAAAUAAACUUUCGUUGCAGCCUUUUAAACAGCAGUACAAUCUGGUGACAGUAGACCUUUUAUUCACUGUAGGAUUUCUGUAGGAAAAGCACUGGUGUGAAUAAUGAAAUGAGUGUUGGAUGAAUUCCUUUUAGCUGCUUUAGUUUCAGGGUCCUGGUGUUGUUCACGCUGUGCUCACUGUCACACUUUCAUGGUUUACUGGGACACGUGAAUAGAACCAUUGUUAGUGUCAUUACAGACGGAUGAAUCUAUGUUACGUGUGUAGAAAUAGAUCCAGAUUUUCAUUAAUGUCAAUAAAUUCUAUCAUUUAUUAUUUGGAA